AUGUUUUGUGGUUGGCUGAGGAGUGUUCAGGUCUGUAAGCAGAGGCAGGCACUGGCUCUGUUCUUUACACACUGCAGACUCUUGCGUGUGUGUUUCUGUCAGUGGAGAAUCAUCUGCACUCAGCAGCAGCUCGCCAACAGCAAAACACAACACACACUCCACCUGAGAGCCAAAGCCGUCUUACAGCAGUGGAGGAAACAUACACACUUCAGGAUCAGUCAACGCGCUCUCCUGUGUGAGCAUGACGAGAGGAGGAAGACUGUCACGAAGAGAAGAACGUUUCUCAUGUGGAGUCAGGUAGUGGAGCAUUUCAGAAGAGCUCAGCACUGUCACAGAGGAGCCUUAAAGCACAGGUGUUUCUCUCAGUGGCUCCAUCAGUUAGAGCUGCUGUGUGUGAGCAGAGAGCUGGAGGAGCUCUGGACACAGAGACUGCAGCGGAGAGCUUUCAGCCUGUGGCAGCUCAGACUCAGCCGUGCUCGCUCUCACCUGCAUCACACACGCCGCUGGAGAGACACGCGGCAGCUCCGUCUUUAUCUGAGUGUGUGGAGAGAGAGACUCGAUGAGAGCAAGAGGGCCCGUCUGUGUCGGCUCAGACAGCAGACACACGUCAUGUGCAGGAUGAGAAACACGCUCCUGUGCUGGAGAACAGCGUUCAGCCAGAGGCUCCGGAGCAGAGAUCACUGCACACAGACACAGCAGAGGAGAGCUCUGCUGGCGUGGCACAGACAGACCGUAUCAGCGCAGAGACUGAGGUACAGAGAGGCCUGCUUCCAGUACAGCCGCGAGCUGAGACUGCAGGCUGCUGUAUUGAGGCAGUGGAGAAGAGCACUGAUCCAGGGUCAGCAGAGGCAGUGUGUUCUGGAGAGCCUGCUCAUCAUCUAUCAUAGCAGACUCAGUGAUCCAGCUUCUCAUCGCUGGAGAUCUGCGGCCACAGCAUUUAACAACAGAUUACUUCACAAGUGCUUCAGGUGUUGGACACAUAGCAGGGGUUUGUUGAAAGUAGCAGACAUGUUUUGUAUAAAGAAGAAAAGAAAUGAAGCCCGGUUUGUCCUGAGGAUGUGGUCACUGUGGGCUAAAGAAGGUAGAGCGCAGAGGCGGAUGGGGGAGGCUGUGAGUCUCUGGCUGGAGGGCAGAGGAGUAUCUAGAAGUUUCCAUCGUUGGGUCAAAGUGUAUCAGCAACACCAGAAAGCCUCCCACCACAUACAAACACAGCUUUCACACAGCAUCAGAGCAGUGGAGAGAAGAGGAGAGCGUGGACUGACCCGCCGGUACUGGACCUGCUGGACAAACCAAACUGAAGCAUCACUGCUGUGUACACAGCAAUACGAGCGCUGUGUGCUGCAGAGAGCCUGGCUCACCUGGAGAAAGAGACACAUCAGGAACAGAGUGUCUGCUGAUCACUCAGCCACCGUUAACAGCACGCUAUUGGCUCAGGUGUUGCAGGUGUGGUGGCAGCGAGCCCACAGGACAGACUUUGAGUCCUAACCAGUUCUGUCUGUUUACAAGCAGAGUGUUAACAGAUGAGUGAAGAUCAUAUCAGACUGCAGAAACUCCACACACACCUCCAAAACAAUCAUCAUUUACCCCGAGUAUUCAACAACACAUUUACACACGUCCCUUCUGUCCAGUCUGGAAUGGCUAAUUCUCCUGCAUAGUGUUUAUUUACAUUAGGCUUUCCCCUGGAGAGAAAAA